AUCCUUACGAGUAAAAAUUUUUAACGGCAGGAGAUCUAUCCGUAUACAAAACGGUUAAUCUGACUGCACAUAAAUUGGAAUCUUGAUAAAGUCAAAAAGUCCACUGUGGCCAGAUUCUACCAGAUUCCGCUUGCUCCAAUUCCCCCCGCCCCAACCCACUCCACGCCAACUCGUUCGAACUCAGUUGAGAAGGCAAAAAUAUCGAGAUAUUUAGCUCAUAAACACUUGAAUAUGGCUUCUGAAUUCACUGAGAAGAAGAAGAAAUUGCUUUACUCUGAUUUGUUCAAAGGCAAUCAAAGUAUGACAUCAAGUCCGGGUACUGAAUCCGUUUUAGGUUCGUCGUCUGCUUUGAGUUCACCAUUUGGUUCUGAGCUCGACUCUACCGAAACUUCCGGAAGCGAAGAUGAAGAUUUCGUUGCCGAGUUGACACGUCAGAUGGCUGAGCAUCUGCUUCUGGAAGAUGAAGAUAACUCACUUUCCAACUGCGUUUCUCAUGAAACUAAGUUAAGAAAACAAGGCCGGAAAUCUCGAGGAAGACGAGUAAGGCGGAGCGAGUAUACUCAGAAGAAACCAUUUUAUCAAACUGAGCAACAGUACAAAGGGGCGAACUGGGGAAAUGGAUAUCCUUAUGGGUCGGGUAUGAGGGCUGUAUUUCUGGGUGGAUCUGGAUCAAGUAACGGGUCUUGUGGAACUGGAGUUUUCUUGCCGCGUGGAUCCGACGUCCCAGCUGAGCACAAAAAGAAAUCAGGAGUAUGUUCGACAGUGCUCAUACCUACAAGAGUAUUACAAGCUUUGGAACUUCAUUUUAAUAGGCCAAUGAUGUCAAAAGACUCAACCGAUCAGCACUCUUCACAAAACUCAAAUGAUGUACAUGUAAAUGAUUCUUCACGUUUUAAUGGAGAAGAAGCACAACUGAUCGAAAAACAGUCGGGAAACGAGAAUGAGGAAACACUAUUACCGCAAGAAUGGACCUAUGGACUCGAUUAAUCCUCCCUUGGCGUAGUAUUCUUCAUGCCACCCAUCUUCAACUAUCAAGUGUGUGUAUAAAUUUGAAAUUCCUAUGUAUUCAUGUCGAUCCCUUAGAUGUCAAUAUUCGUAGUUGACAAAUGUAAAACGUAAUAAAUUUGUUGGUCGAAUAGGGGAAUAUUCAGAAUAAUAAUAAUAAUUAGUGAGUUUGAAAAUUACACGCCUCUCAUUUCUGCCCUGUUUGAUGGAAAAAGAAAGCGAUAUGAUGGGUCAUAUUGUGAUUAUGAUGGUCAUGUGAGGAUGGAAGUUUAGUAGUUUUUUAAUAAAAGCUUUCGGUGUGACAUUUGACAAUC